AUGGCUGGCCGUAAGACGUUGUUGGCUCCCAUUCACUUCAUUUUCAGUCUGCUGCAGAAGCGCAGUACUGUCUCUGUCUGGCUGUAUGAGCAGCUGGCAUUCCGGAUAGAGGGGAAGAUUCGGGGCUUUGAUGAGUUCAUGAACCUGGUCAUUGACGAUGCUGUGGAAGUGCGCCUUGCCACCAAGACAGAGGAGGAGAAGCGCCGGCCCUUAGGCCAGAUCCUCCUCAAGGGCGACAAUGUCUCGCUCAUCCAAGCCGUUUGA